AUGAAAUUUUGUAUAUUUUCAAUGUUAUUAUCUUUAGAUUUCAUUAACUCUUUUCAUUUAAAAUGUUACAAUUACACACGUAUAUCACCAAUAUAUUUGCAAUCAUACAAUGAAUCACUAUUUAGAACGCCUCUUCCAGGAGAGGAAAUCAGUCUUCCUAAAGUUCAUGAACCUUCUGGUGAAUAUUUACUUGAUAAACCCUUGAUUGAAAAGAUCGCAUCUCUACGAACAUUCAUAGAAUCAAUAGAAAUAAACCGUGGUAAAAAAUCAACACAUAAACAACUUGAAAACGACCACGAUGAAGUAAAAGUAGAUGAAUAUAACAACGAUGAUUUUAAUAAGUUUGUAGAAAUAACAGAGGAAAAUCUUGAACCAAUUACAGAGCUCUUGGCUGAAGAGGAUCUGUUGGAAGAAGUAUUAUCAACGGCGUUUGAUAAUUAUAAAAAAUCAAAUGACAUUGAGUCGUUUGAUAGGUUACAUGAUAUUGCAGAACAAAUUGCUCCUAUUGCCGCGAAAAUAAGAAAGAGUAAUUCUGAAAUGAACAUUAGUAGACUGAUAAGAUGCUACAUGGAUGGAAGUGAAGAUGUUGAUAAGGUUUUAGAAGAAUUACAAAAAAAGAAAGCACUUAAUAAGUAUUUGUUAAAACGAUUAGAUGAACUGAUUAACCUGGCAGCAAAGAAGUUUAGAAUAAGUGAUAAACACCAGGCAAUGUCAGAAGAAUUUUUAAAAAUAAUAAAGGAUAGAAUUGCGGCACAAAGAAUAACUGACAUUAGAGGAACUGAUUUGUUCGUAAAAACAUUAGCACAGUGCUUCGAGAAAGAAACUGAUGAAGAAUGGAACAAAAUAAUCAAGGAUAAUAUUAAAGGAAUUGAAAAAUUAGAAGAAUUUCACGAAUGGAUAGUGGAAGGGAUAGAAUAUUGCAGAAAAAAUAAUAAAAUAAAAGAUAAAAUUGAAAAAAUGGAAAGAAUAAUGGAGAUAAUAGUUGAACAACACCCUAUAUGGAAUCCAAAAGAAGAUUAUAUAGAAUAUGAAAGCACACAAAUGGGAAAAGAAGAUUAUAAAAGAGAAAUGGACAGUAUUAUCAACGGUUAA